ACUAGGGCUGAAGGCAGAUUCAAUGUGCACACUUCAAGACAUUUCUUGAAAUGUGUUGCAUUAAAUACGCCACCAUCUGAUAUUCUUCCUUGAGAACCAACGUUUGCAUAUAUAAAGUUGUAAUUUGCAUCAAACACUGCAAAUAGUACAAUGCUGAAGAAUGACUUGUAGUUAAAAAAAUCGGAACCAUUCAGAGGAGCUUGUAGAGCUUGUAUGUGCUUCCCAUCCAUUGCACCAACACAAUGUGGAAAGUUCCAUUUAUCCUGGAACUCUCGGGCUAUAAUCUCCCAAUCUCUUUCAUUUUUUGGCAUCUACUUCAACAAGAAGAUGAGACAAUAGAAGAAAAUUCAAUACAUGCACCAACAGAAGAGAAUCUACCUACACCUGCAUCUUCUACAUCAUCUUUAAGUAGAUCUUUUAAAAGAAAACGAGAAUCUCCAUCUACUACGCCUGUACUACACGAAGCCAUGAACAUUUUAAGGUCAUUAAACACAAGGAAGCAGGAAAAAGAUGAGUUCGCAAUAUUUGACGAGCAGGUUGCCAUCAAAGUCAGGAAAUUACCAUGCGCUCAUGCUCGAUUUAUGGUACAACACAUAAUAACUAACACUCUCUUUGAGGCGGAAAUGGGAAAAUACGACAAACCUUUUUUUGGGGCCCAACAAUAUCAUUACCCACAACCCCAACCAAUGGUUUAUGCAAACUACUCAACAAAUUUAAGACCUCCAACCACAUCUACUACUCCUUCAGAAGUGCAUUUGAUUUCGGACACAAUGUCUUCCACAACGUCAGUAACAGAAGAUAUUGAUUCAAUUUUGUGCCAAUUAUAGAGUUUUUUAUUUAUGAAUAAAUUAUAAAAAAACCUCAUUGUAUAUCUUACCUUAACAUAAUCUCGAAGUGAGUGUAUUAAUGCUUCACAAACGUCCGGUACAGUUCUUGAAAUAACUUGCUUUGAAAUUUUAAAAAUAUACAUAAGAGUGUGGUAAGAAUCUCCUGUAGCAAGAAAUCGCAAUGUUACUGCUAGACGUUCGCUAGCUGGUAUGGCUUGUCUAAAUUUUGUAUCGUUCUUGGUAAUUUUGGGUCCUAUCAUAUUUAGUAAAUCUUCAAAAUCCGAACUCGUCAUUCGAAAAAAGUUUCUGAAUCCA